ACACAGUGAUAGAAUUUACUCAACAGACGCUCGUUGAGGAGCAGCAGCUGGCAAUGGUCUAUGACAUGAGCCAUCUGGCACCAGCGGCGCCGCAAAGCAUCUCCUUGAGUCGUUACUAUUUGGAGCAGACGGACGAUCUGAUAGCCGCCAACAAUGCGCUUACCAAUGGUCAUAGCCAUGGCCAUGUCGAUGAUUAUGCAGCCAGCACAACGCUGGACAUUGAUCAGAGAUUUCAGGCGCACAUUGCCUGCGAGACGGCCGCUCAGCCGGCACAGCCGCCGCCGCCAACGCCGGCGCCACGUCGACGCACCACGCCCAUUGCACAUCUGGAUCCCUCCGAGCUGGUGGGCCUGUCACGCGAGGAGCGACGACGUCGCCGACGCGCCACACUCAAGUAUCGCACUGCACAUGCGACGCGGGAGCGCGUACGCGUUGAAGCCUUCAAUGUAUCGUUCGCAGAGCUACGCAAGCUGCUGCCCACACUGCCGCCCGAUAAGAAGCUCUCCAAGAUCGAGAUACUCAAGCUGGCCAUCUGCUACAUAGCCUAUCUGAAUCAUGUGCUCGAGACGCCCUGA